AGUCGUACCCCGGUCGCGAAACGCCGCGCGCGUCUCCCUCAAACUCGAUCUCAUUAAAUCAACAGACAAUUUAUCUUAUUGAAUUAAAUUCGUUCGCAAAUCUGCAAAGCGGAAUGCACUUUUGGGGUACGUUUAGCUCAAAACAAAAGUCGUAAAAUUACAUACACGUGUCGGGUAAUAGAUAUUUUUUGUUAGUUAAUUUUUUUCUCCGUUUAAUUCGUCAGUGGAGUAAUCGAAUUUCGCGGACGCCGGGCUCUAUUACCGGACAACAGGAUGUUCCUCUGGCGUGCGUGGACCUUGGCCAUGUGCGCGUGUGCGGUCAUGGCACAGCGCAUCGACCAGGAAGCGUUGUUGUCGCCCAGGCCGGCCCGAGUUCGUGACCGGGACAUCAACAAGGAUGAACCUACUUGCGAUCAGCUCAAGGCGAUGUGGAGAUUCUCGAAGCGACAAGCCCGUGCUCCCGAGAUCAUGAACGAAGUGAGCUCCUACAGAGACCCGUUGAUGUACAAUGAAUGGCCUGUCUACACAGCUGUGCCCAGAGCCGCCCCAAGGUUCCGCUACCAGUACCCGACGAUGCCUCGCGAAGCUUACGGCAGAGUUGUUACGAAAGCUCCCCCCAACGUCGUUCGCACCCCGGAUUACGAUGAGAUGUUCGGAAUGCUGAAUGUUCCGCACACUUCUGGAAAGAUCCUGAGGUACCCCGGACCUUCUCGUCCCCGUGGGGGACAUACAUACAUGGUGCCACCACAGCGCGACAGAUUCGAAGCCCUGAAGAAGCUCAUAAGGCAAGAGCACGUGCGUGAGCUUCAUCGGAAAUACGAGACUGAACAGAAGCAAGAACUGAAGGACAUGACUACCGGACAUAACAACGAUGACUACGUCUAUGGAGCAUACGGGGAACAGGAACCUCGUGGUCUGCAACCGCUUCAGGUCCCGGAAUACUCUGAAGAGUCCUCGGCCAGGCACUCCAAGAAACCUCCAUCCGGAAGCCGCCAAGUCUCCCAGUUCUCUCGCUACUCGGACGUGUUGCUGCCCCCGGUCCGCCGCACCUUCUACCACCCUUACAUCGAGUACACGGCCCCCGAAUACAUUCCCUACGUGUACUGAGCGCUCACCCAGACAACCGACGCUUUCCAGAAAACUCUCGAAGCUUUAUUAAAUACAGUUACCAUAUCGAAGGCAUAUCUUGGCUCUUGCUUCGAUUUACUCCGCGAGCUUCCUCUGCGUUCUAUUUUUUAUAAUAAAUACUUUCUUAUAGUAGUUUCUUGUUAUAGUUAAGGCAGUGCCGCGUGAUUUUCUAGUUAGUGUGCGUGAGAGAUCGUUAGAGAUACGAAGAAGCGAACUAUUCUCGGCUCCGACGUGUCAAUUUGUAAGAUUAUCGAUUAAAAUUUCGCACAUCAACCGAUGUCGCGCGUCACUGCUUCGACUUGACGUUUUGAAUCGUAUUUUUCGAUAGAUGUAAGAUUUUAUGAAAGUCGCCAUCGACACGUAUGUAGAUACCUAUAAUACUUCCCUAAUUAUGAUGAGACGUAUACAAAUGAUUACGAGCAAUUAUAUUUGACUUCGAUGUCAAUUUGACUUAUUAUGAUUGCGAAUUUUCGACAAUAAUAAUACAAUUCGACAAUAAUAUUGUAAUUUGACAAUAAUAAUAUCGUAAUUCGACAAUAAUGUUUGUGCGUUUACAUUUGACGUUUAGUAGGAUUUAAUUAAGUAUUUUAAAAUAGACUUUUAUUAAAGAAUAAUAAAUCUUUUUUGGAUCUUGGUAGCCAUUACAGGCUUAGUUUAGUUAUAGAUAAUGUUUCGGGCAAAGGAAUUUGUUUUUGUAAAUUUUUAUUUGUGUGAUAACAUAAAAACAAACUUUUAGGUUAGUUUGAUGUUUCUUAUUUAUUUAUAUACACCCAAACAAUGCUUUUAUUAAUUUUUAUUAUUCUUAUUUUAUUAAAGUCAUUUAUCUCAUUAUUUGUCUUAAAAAGCGCAGCCUGCAUAAUUGGGCAUGAAUAUAAUAACAAUAAAAAAUAUAUUAUAGCAUCAACUAUAUAACUAUUUACAACAUAAAAUUUCAUUAAUUGUUGUGAUUAGAAUCUAAGAAGGAAAUGUAUUAGAAAUAUAUAUAUUAUAUACAUAAAAUAUUCAAAAUUAUGUCUAUUACCAAAAGCCAACGGGACGGCUGUGUCGGUUUCGGUAACAAAUAACUUUUUUAAUACAUAGCGACUCUGUUUUUAAGCCAGUUCUUGAAGUUUUUUUUUUUUUUUGUUUAGGCACAGUGCAAAAUUCGUAAUACAUAAUUAAUUUUAUUUUAGAAGUUAAUUCACACACUCGCCAAUAUUUUUUAGAUAUUAUAAGAGCAAUUUAAUAGGUACAUAGUGACUCUGUUUCUAAGCCAGUUCUUGAAGUUUUUUUUUUUUCUUUAAGCACAGUGCAAAAUUAUUAAUACUUAAUCUUAUUUCAGAAGUUUAUUCACACACUCGCCAUGUUUUUUUUUUAGAUAUUAUAAGAACAAUGAAUACCGGUUAAUUAAAGUUUCCUGCGCGUUACAAUCACAGUUAAAUUUACUUUUAGAUAUGUGUAUGUAAAUUAAGUGCUUACAUUACGGGCCGUGAGAAUUUGAAUAUUGAAAUAAUUAUCUUUAUUCUCACUUCAUGACUGUGUUUCGAGUCAUAAAAAAAAAUUGUAACCGAAUCCCGACGGAUGUAUGCUUUAACUAACCUUUAUAUAAUAUGUCAUGUUCGUAAUUGUAAUUUAAUGAAGAAGAAAAAAUGGCGUAAAAUACGCAACUUCUUUCACUUCGAGUAAUAUCAUUCUCUAGUCAUAGACUAAAUAAUGCAUUAUUUGAACGUUCCGUGAUAAUUUCAAAAAUGCAUUUUUUUUAUUUUUUUUUUUUUUCACCCGCCCUGAUUUCGAAGGCUGUACGUUUAAGGUUAUUGUUACCUAUUUGUGUACUAUAUUUAUGAAAUCAAUUUAAAAAUAUAUGUAAGUACAGACUCUGUAUGUCUUACAUAAACUCACAGACUAUAUUUGGCUUUAAAAAAAAUUAUAUUAACACAUGGCUUUAAGCAGGUCAAUGUUCUAUGAUCGUCUAUAAAAUAGGACUAAACCUCCUUACACGUUACUAUUAUAUGGUAUAACUAAUAUAUAUAUUUAUUUAUUCAUUUAUAUAUCAUAAUUUUCUAACAAUAUUCCUUAGAAAUUUUACAAGUUUAUUUAAAAAAAGGAAAAUUUUAAAAUCAUUAUUAGUUAGGUAGUUUGUAAAACAUUGUGUAGUGAAAAAUGUAAUGCGUAUUGCACUUUUAAUAUAUAUAUAGGUGUUUAAUGAAUAUAUGAAUAUCGACUAUGUAGAUUCGCAGUUACAUAUCAAUGCGAAAUGCUUCAACCAUAUCGCAUAUCAUAUCUGUUUAAUAUUAAUCAAUUAAUAAUUAAAAAAACUAUCUCUGGUUAACUCUAUUUAAUAUAAAUCAAUUAAAAAUUAAAAUGAAUAAUCUCUGAUUAAAAAUUGCAACUGCGAAUUUUACCAUUAUGACAAUAAAUGUGGACAAUAACCGUCACUAUUACAAGAAAUUAUGACAAUAAAUGACAAUAAAUGUCAAUUUGACAAUAAAUGUCAAAAUGGCGGACGGCUUGUCUUUAAAAUUAUACAAUAACUAUGUAUCUAAUGUUAAUAAUAUGAAUAUUUGAAGUUUUUUUUUUUAAAUAAAGAUAGUUACUUACUCCUGAG